UGUUUUCUCUAUGGGCGUGCGUUUUACCGGGUGUUUGGCCCCAACUUUCCUCCCUACGCUCACAGGUGCGUGUGUUGCCGUCGGAGCAGACGUUUCUGUGAUGUGGUUGACCGUGCGGUGAUUAGCGCGUCCGAGUUUUUGAUUUGUGCCAACGUUUGUGCAUCGUAUCUCCAGAUGGCUGUUUUGAGCGCCCCUGCACUGUCAGACCUGUGGAUUCCUGCCGCCGUCAUGGUACUAGGAGGUUUAAUAGCGGGCAUUAGCAGGAAGUUGUCGCUGAUCGCAAACUUGCGUUUCAAGGUCGACAAAUCAACUCUUCGGAAUGGUGGCGACUUGGUGGCCGACGUGCUCAAGGCCCACGAUGUCAAGUUCCUGUUCUGCCUCAGCGGCGGUCAUAUUUCUCCCAUCUUGGUGGCUGCUGAACGUGAAGGCAUUCGCGUUGUGGACACCAGACACGAGGUUAAUGCAGUCUUUGCAGCCGACGCGGUGGCAAGGCUUUCUGGAAAGAUUGGAGUGGCUGCAGUCACUGCUGGACCAGGCCUGACUAACACAGUGACUGCAGUCAAGAAUGCUCAGAUGGCCGAGUCCCCUGUGCUCUUGCUGGGCGGCGCAGCUGCAACGGCUGUCAAAGGACGAGGGGCUCUACAAGACAUUGAUCAGCUGUCACUGUUCAAGUCGCUGUGCAAGUUCCAGGCCACUGUCACUACGGUCAGGGACAUUGUGCCCACUCUGCGAACAGCACUGCAGAAGGCACAGUCCGACACACCAGGCCCUGUGUUUGUGGAGCUCCCAAUCGACGUCCUCUACCCAUACUCAAUCGUGCAGGCGGAGGUUGGCUUCAAAGGAAGACCAGGCAGCCUUGGUCAGAAGCUAGUCAAACUGUACCUCGACUACUACAUGCACAACGUCUUUGCUGGUGCAUUUGUGCCCAGAGAUGUUUCACCUCUGCCUGUCAGCAUUCCCUUGGCAAGACAGUCCGAAGUCCAGCAGUGCGCAGAGAUCAUCUCACGUGCCAAGCGACCUGUCUGCAUUGUGGGCAGCCAGGCGACAUUGCCCCCCUUACCUGUGCAGGAACUGAGGGCAGCCCUGGAGAAACUGGGCAUUCCUUGCUUCCUUGGAGGCAUGGCCCGUGGUCUGCUGGGUCGCCACAGCGAGAUCCAGAUGCGCCACUGCCGCAGGGAUGCUUUGGCCCAGGCAGAUGUGGUCAUCCUGGCAGGCUCGGUGUGUGACUUUCGUCUGUCGUACGGCCGUGUGUUGAGCCGCAAGUCAAAGAUCAUUGCUGUUAAUCGAAACAGGUCUCAACUUUACAAGAACUCGGAUGCAUUUUGGAAGCCAACGGUAGCAGUUGAGGCCGAUGUUGGAUCGUUCCUGGCUUCCUUAGCUGAAGCCCUCCCUGACUUCAAAUGUGAUCUGUCUUGGAUUCAAACACUGCGUGACAUGGACAAUGCCAAAGAAGAGAAGAACAAGGCCAUGGUAGAGGUGCCAGCUGACAAGCACUUGAGCCCAUUGAAGGUUCUUAGUGAACUGGAGGCAUCCCUGCCGGAUGACACCAUCCUGGUUGCUGAUGGUGGCGACUUUGUGGGAACAGCGUCUUACAUCCUCAGGCCGAGUGGGCCACUGAGGUGGCUAGAUCCUGGUGCCUUUGGGACCCUGGGUGUUGGUGGGGGCUUUGCCUUGGGCGCAAAGCUGUGCCAUCCCGAAGCUUUGGUGGUGAUCAUAUAUGGAGAUGGCUCUCUUGGUUACUCCAUGCUGGAGUUUGACACCUUCGUGAGGCACAAGAUUCCAGUUGUGGCCGUGGUUGGCAAUGAUGCAUGUUGGAUGCAGAUUUCUAGGGAGCAGGUCAAAAUGUUCAAGAGCAACGUCGCUUGCGGGCUGAGUUACACAGACUACCACAAGUCAGUUGAGGGCCUUGGAGCAAAGGGCAUGCUAGCGUCGCUGCCCGACAAGGACCGACUGGCCGAAAUCUUCAAGGAGGCACAGAGGCUGAAUGCAGAGGGCCACAGUGUGCUCAUCAACUGCCUUAUCGGAAAGACCUCCUUUAGGGAAGGCAGUAUCUCUGUGUGAUGUCAAACACAACCGCUCUGUUUAUGUUCUGUGGCAUCAUCACAGAAGCUGAGGAUGCUGCUGCUACCGGUGAUCUAGUUUGGUGGAACGAUGCAAUCCGAUGGAAGAAUGAUGCAAUGCGUAGGCCCGUUUGAUUUGCCCGCACUUCGCCCUUAGUUUCAACAGUUCAACAUCAGCACGAUGACAUUCAUCUCACUCAGUGAAGGUUUCCUGUGGAACAAGUUCACAGUAUGUUGUGCACCUACAGAGGGUGCAGGAAGUGUCAAGCUCUUCUGCUCAAGCGUAAAACUGGUACCAAACUGGCGAGAACCAGUUCACGUAGUGCAGGGCGAAUCGAAUAGACCUAACAUGGGAGCUUUGCAGGGGUGAAUGCUGCAUUGGUUUUCAUCGCAUGGUUUGUUUCAAGACAUGCACCAUAGCAAUGGAGGCAUUAGCUUUUUAGGUCAGAAAAAAUAUUCCCAACUUCCAUGUCUUAUUUUAAAACUACAUCUUCCCUAAGGGCUACCUAAAGAUAGCUGGUUUUCAUGUUUUAUCCUAGAACUAGCAGGCUUUCUUUUCCUUAAUUGGUAUUAUAAGUUAGAGUGGUUGCCAUGUUGUUCUACAGGUAGCAGCACGGUCUGCUGAACGACAUGCAUCAUAUCAGCUCAUGUAUGGUUGCAAAAUUUUGUUUACUUCGCAGCUCCACCCUUGCUUGCUACCUGAUGUGUAAACUAGGCCAGAACUGUAUGGUGGUGCGAUGAGUUGCACAAAAGCAUAAUCGUUGAAGCGACUGACCAUUCUUCAAACACUGGCGGGAAGUUGUCAACCCUUUCUUUGAGAACUCCCGCUUCACCUGUGUUUGGAGAAGCUUUUUGCUCACUAUUUGUGUUACUUCUAAAUGCAGUCACAUUUUCCUUUGGGAAAAGCCAGCUCGUACCUGUAAGGUGUGACUGACGCCAACUGGAUGCAUGCUAGCUAGUUCAAGCAAAUUUGCUUGAACAGCUGUGAGCAGUAUGAGACGGAUCACUUCAUUUGUUUUCAGGCGAUGUUUACUUCUGACAUGUGGACUUGCAUGUCAGACAAAAUAUGCACCAAGUAACUUUCCUUUUGAAGAUUGAGUCUCAUGUAACUCUCGGUUAUGUUCGGCAUAGACCUAAGCUGCUGGGGCCUUCUUUAAUGCAGAUUUGGGCAUUCCCUUCUGUAGUGCUCUCGGGUGCACUUAAAUAAAUAUAAACAAAGUAUCAACUGCUGCUGAGUGCAGGUACAGAGGGACCAGCUAGUGAUGAUUGAAAUGAUGGCAGCCAAAGCUAUGGGCAACUUUUCGCAUUGCAGACUGUGGUAACGCAAACCCUUCUUACAUUUGUUUCAUCAUGGUUGGCUGUUGAUAUUUCAAAAAUUUGAAUUCAAAUAUCUUGUCCUGUGGUAUGUUGAGAUACUUCAGUGAAAGCUUGGAAGGCCCUUCUCAUGAAAAAAACUUAUAUAGAACUUACUGUCCAUGAGCCAACACGUGCAACUGAUUUCAAGUGUGCCUUAUCAGGCUGUUAUGAGCCAUCUCGAGAGAUGGCACAUUUGAUGAUUUCACAAAUGAUGGAGAUUAGGCGUUGCACCCAAGAACCAGUGCAAUAGAAAUUACCUGAAUUUACAAGUAUUUUUAUAUUAUAGUAUGUGUGUUCCUAUAUUCACUCUUGUGUUGAGAUUGUGUGGCUGUCAUCAUGAAUGAAAGGGAUGGAAUGCUACGAUCAAGGACCAUUACUGUUAAGAUUGCCAGAAUGUUGAAGUAUUUUUUAUAAUUAUAGUACAUACUGCAACUCCUCAACUCAUCAUUGUGACAAUUUUCAUUUUUUACGUAUUUACCAUCAGUAAAACUAAGGCAGAUAGCAGAACUAGUAAAGUCGACUUGUAUAAUUACAUUAACCUUUUACAGAUUUUGUUAUGAGCUUGAAGUGAAAUGAGGGAGUAGGCAAUGCUAAAAGUGACAUUGUUUUAUAAAAAAAAGUAGUCUGAGCAUGCUUAAAAAAAUUAUGACAUCUUACACUUAACACUACUUCAUGUCAGUUUUUGUGAUUUUGCAACAUUGUGAUUGUGUGCACCUAAAUCGGGGAGAUUAUGGCAAAUCAAUCUGUGCAAAUCAGGGAGGGAUGUUUACUAGAAAGCUAUAUUGGUGUACUCCUAUAGUGUUCAGUUUUAUAGCAAACAUUGGUGUGUCACCAACAGGGUAUUCCAAACUGUAUUAGUACUAUACAGUUAAACCUCGAUAUAACGAAGUUGUACUUGCAGCGAAAAACUUCGUUAUAUCGAGGUUUCGUUCCUUCAUAGAACUAAGAUGGCGAAAUAAAUAUAGUUCAUUACAUUGCAAAUUUCGUUAAAUCGAGGUUCAUUAUAUCGUGGUUUGACUGUACAUAUGUUCAAUUUCCUAACGGCAACAACAGUGCAUCACGAACAGGGUAUAAACAGGAAGUGAACCAAAAUGUUACCCACAACUGCUUUCGUGCAGCGAAGACCAGUGGACGACAUCAAAUAUAAAUGCAAUGCAAUUUGUGAUGGAGUCCUUAAUUUGUUUUAAAAUGCAAUGAUUACAAAAUAAAAGUUCCGUUUCAUAUAUCUCAUUUGAAUAGAAAACUUGUACAGUAGAACCCUGUUGAUACAUUUUUCAGGGGACCGGGGAAAGAAACGUAGCAGUUGGGAAAAUGUAACAGUGAGGAAAGUUCGAAAUCAUAACAGCUACAUCAGGAACAUACUGUAUGUUCAGAGACAUUGGCUUCUUCUAAUAUGCCACCGCAUAACAUGGCUGCGUUUCAGCGAAGGUGACUUGGGGGAGCCGGCAGAGCUAGAACUGUGCUGUGACACGCUUAUCGGGACUGAUGAUCAUGUACUUCUGGAAUUUGCCUAUGCACCACUGAAUUAACAUGACUGCUGCAUUAGAAUGCAACGUAACAUGCGGGAACAUUACAGAAUGGCAACAUAUUAAAUGGGAACAUAAUAAGUAGGCGUGAAUGUGUUUUAGGUUGGGACCGCGAAAACGUGACAUACCUGGGAAAAUACAACAGUGAAGAAAGUAUCAACGAGGUUAUUUGUAAUUUUUCUCACUUUGCGUUGUGCCGGUUCCAUGUUAGAGAUCAGCUAGGAGUUUGUACAGCUACUGCGGUGAAAACCAACUGCAAUGCGGCCUGCAUGGGAGCCAACGCUAAGAACGGCCAGUUACGAGUGUGGCAGCAACUACUGCUUUGUUCGAGCGAGGCUGUGAGCCAGCAAACCAGACCCCUAGUGCUUUCGAAGGGUGCGAAAACUCGCUUGUACAGCUUUAUGUAUAGAUUGUCAGAUUGGCAUACUACUGUGAAAGAUUUUUUUUUUUUUUUUCACAAAAUCGAAAAUAAAAAGUAGUUUUCUGCU